GGUGUUUGUAAUAUCAUAAUAAUAUUAUCAAAAUAUAUCAAAACCAAAACACACACCACCACCAUGGCCACAUAUUCAAAGCAGCUAUAGCUUCACGGACCAUUUUAAGAGCGAGAAGACGACACCCACGAGACUAACAAGGAGAGAAACAAUUUAAUGUGCAGCCAAAAAAAAAAAAAACUUAAAGACGAGAGCUUAUUCUGUUGCAUCGAUAUAAAGGGAGGGAAGAUAGCUCGCAUGAGAAAGAAGGAGAAGCCCAGCUCUCUCUCUCUCUGUUUUCUCCUCCUUCUCCCAAUUAAUACCCACAUUUUAUUCCUCUGUUCUUAAUAAAUUCCUCACCCUGUCUUCCGCCGCUUUUCACACACAGGCAGGGGAAGAUGGGAAGGCCGAGUUUGAGAAGCUUCACGUCCAUGGUGUGCAUUGCUUUCCUGGUCUGGUCAUCGUCCAGCUUCGAGAGCUGCAUUGCGAGGAGCGGGAGGCGGCAUUGGAGGAGGCAUGACGGCGACAAUGGGCUUUCAGCUUCUCUGUCAAAGAAGAAACCCAAAAGCCAUGGAAGCAGCAGUCACCACCAUCACAAUGGUGGGCCGUCAAAGAAAGCUCCUCCUUCCGCACCAGCUAAAGCGCCAAAUUCACCUGCUCCGUCGUCGAAACCGCCGAAACAUGUUCCGGUAGCAUCGCCGGCGCCUCCUCCUCCUCCUCCCACUGCUGCAACUCCGGCGCCGCUGAAAGACUCGCUUACGUUCAAUGUGCUUGAUUUCGGCGCCACGGGGGAUGGAAAGUGCGACGACACUAAGGCGUUUCAGGCAGCAUGGGCAGCUGCCUGUAAAGUGGAGAGAUCAGUGAUGCUUGUUCCUGAGAAAUAUCAGUUCCUCGUUGGACCCAUUUCUUUCUCUGGUCCAUACUGUCAGAAAGGCAUCACCUUUCAGGUGGAUGGUACAAUUGUGGCACCCAUGAACUCCAACGCCUGGGGCAAAGGCCUGCUGCAGUGGCUGGAAUUCUCCAAGCUUGUGGAGAUCACAAUUCAAGGGAAAGGCACCAUUGAUGGGAGUGGUUCAGUUUGGUGGCAAGACAACCCGUAUGUCGAACCUGACAAUCUAGCACCACAGAUCAUCCCUUUGGACAACAGCACAUUGUUACAGAAACACCCACCACCGCUACAAACUGAACUCAGCAGCAAAAUGCCAAGCACCAAGCCAACGGCGGUGAGGUUCUAUGGAAGCCUGAAUGCAACCGUGACAGGGAUCACGAUUCAGAACAGUCCUCAGUGCCACCUGAAGUUCGACAACUGCAUUGGCGUGAUGGUGCAUCACAUUCGAGUCUCGUCCCCAGGAGAUAGUCCCAACACCGAUGGAGUCCACUUGCAGAACUCCAGAGAUGUGCUCAUCCACAGCAGCACCCUUGGUUGCGGAGAUGACUGCAUUUCCAUACAAACAGGGUGCACAAACGUAUACAUACACGAUGUGAACUGCGGUCCAGGCCAUGGCAUCAGCAUCGGCAGCUUGGGAAGGUAUAACACACGAGCCUGUGUCUCCAACAUCACCGUGAAAAAUGUCAACAUGCACAACACCAUGACCGGCGUCAGGAUCAAGACUUGGCAGGGUGGAUCAGGCUCGGUGUCCGGGAUCAUGUUCUCGGACAUCCAGCUCACCGAGGUCCAGUUCCCGAUCGUGAUCGACCAGUUCUACUGCGACAAGUCCACCUGCAAGAACCAAUCCUCGGCGGUGUCGGUGUCGGGGAUCAACUACCAACGAAUCAAAGGCACAUACACGGUGAAACCUGUGCAUUUCGCCUGCAGCGACAACCUGCCGUGUAUAGACAUCAGCUUGACGAGCAUCGAGCUGAAACCGCUGCAGGAGAAGUACCAUUUGUACGACCCGUUCUGCUGGGCGACGUAUGGAGAGCUGAACACUCCCACCACCCCUCCGAUCGAAUGUCUGCAAAUCGGCAAGCCAACGAGCAACCGCCCACAAACCGAUCACGACACGUGUUAGAAUCGCCGCGCGGAUCGAACGGAUUUGUGUGGUUGGGCAAUCAUUUUCCUGACCCCAUAUCCGCACACCUUAAGCAAAAAAAAAAAAAAAAAAAAAGUUUUUAUCAGGUUCAUAUAUAGUUUACCGUAGCAGUCCUGCUUGAAGAAUUAGUUCAUGUAAAAUAUCCGCGAGAGUUAUAUAGAAGAGUGUGUUUUUUUUUUUUUUAUCAUAUGGAAUAUGAUUUGUACUAUACAACCAAGCAAUUUAUUUGCAUAUGCAUUGGGUUGGUAGAUGAAGAUAAUAUAUAUGUUCUAUGAGUGGUUGUGCAACA